ACACAUGCAAAAGGGAUGUGUCUUCAGAUAGGUUUGUCAUUUCAAUUUCCCCUGCUGCAUUGGGCCACGGAGAGUAAAGCACCUGUGGAGGCUGAUCCCAAUGGCAGCAUGGUGCUGCUCAAAAAGGAGAAGCCGGAAAUGGAGCCAAGAGGCCAGUGGAGUAAUAAAAUGGAGUUUAUGCUCUCCAUGGCUGGGGAGAUCAUCGGCCUGGGCAAUGUCUGGAGAUUCCCUUAUCUCUGUUACAAAAAUGGAGGUGGUGCCUUCUUUAUCCCCUACCUCAUCUUCCUCUUCACCUGUGGGAUCCCAGUGUUCUUCCUGGAGACAGCGCUAGGGCAAUACACCAGCCAGGGAGGGGUCACCGCCUGGCGGAAGAUCUGCCCUCUCUUUGAAGGAAUUGGAUACGCCUCACAAGUCAUCGAAUCCUAUCUGAAUAUCUACUACAUUGUCAUCCUGUCCUGGGCUAUCUUCUACCUGUUCAGCUCCUUUACUGCUGUGCUUCCCUGGGCCACCUGUAAUAAUCCUUGGAACUCAGAUCGCUGCGUGGACUUUCUGAAUCACUCUAACAUGGAGAACUGGACAGCGUCUGCUAAUGCCACCUCCCCCGUUACUGAGUUCUGGGAGAAGCGAGUCCUGGGACUCACAGACGGUAUUCACAAUCUGGGCACUGUGCGCUGGGAGCUGGCUCUCUGCCUCCUGUUCGCCUGGGUCAUCUGCUACUUCUGCAUCUGGAAGGGAGUCAAGUCCACAGGCAAAGUUGUUUACUUCACUGCCACGUUUCCCUACUUGAUGCUUUUUAUCUUGCUUCGAGGGGUCACCCGGCCUGGUGCUGCUGAGGGAUCACGUUCUAACCUGAAGCCAGACAUUUCCAGGCUUGCAGACCCACAGGUGUGGAUGGAUGCAGGCACUCAGAUCUUCUUCUCUUAUGCUAUCUGCCAGGGGUGCCUGACAGCUUUGGGCAGCUACAACAAGUACAAUAACAACUGUUACAGGGACUGCUUCAUGCUAUGUUUCCUGAAUAGUGCCACCAGCUUUGUGGCCGGCUUUGCUAUCUUCUCUGUGCUGGGCUUCAUGGCACAAGAACAGGGUGUGCCCAUUUCAGAAGUGGCUGAGUCAGGUCCGGGCCUAGCAUUCAUUGCAUAUCCAAAGGCUGUAACGAUGAUGCCUGUGUCUCAGCUCUGGUCCUGCCUAUUCUUUCUUAUGCUGAUCUUCCUGGGACUAGACAGCGAGUUCGUCUGUGUUGAGAGCCUGGUGACGGCCAUUGUCGACAUGUACCCAAAAGUUCUCCAGAGGAAAGGGCACCGGGAGCUACUGAUCCUGGCCAUUGCAGUCACAUGCUACCUGCUUGGGCUGAUGCUAGUCACUGAGGGUGGAAUGUACGUCUUCCAGCUGUUUGAUUAUUAUGCUGCCAGUGGUACAUGCCUACUGUUCCUGGCCAUCUUUGAAGCCAUCUGUGUUGGCUGGGUAUAUGGUGCGGACCGUUUCUAUGACAACAUCGAGGACAUGAUUGGUUAUCGGCCGUGGCCACUGGUUAAGAUGUGUUGGCAGGUUGUCACCCCUGGUGUUUGCCUGGCGACCUUCCUAUUUUCACUGAUCAAGUACACCCCCCUCAAAUACAACAACUGGUACAUGUACCCUCUGUGGGGCUACACUCUGGGCUGGUUGAUGGCUCUCUCUUCCAUGAUCUGCAUUCCACUCUACAUCAUUUUCAUUCUGCUGAAAACCAGGGGAUCACUAAAGAAGAGGCUAAAGCAACUCACUUCCCCAGCGGAGGACUUGCCUCAGCCAAAGAAGCACCGGAUUAGCGUGUCUGAACCAUUGCAGAGCCCCGAAGCAGAAUACAGGAUCUCAUCCCCAUCAGCCAAGGAAGUGCUCAUAAUCACAGAGAAGGAAACCCACUUGUAAAGCAUAUGGGAAAGGAUUUCGCCUUUGCAUUCUGGAGUGAUUCCCCCUCUUGUUCCUGAGGUGGCUUCUCUUCACACCUGGGACAAUGCACUCUUCAUUUCUCCCCUGCACACCUGAGGCAGAGCCAUCCUAGUCAGUGACUCUGGGACAUCCUUCUCCCUCCCCAGGUUUAUCAGGUAGUUGACUAUACAGACUUGGGACGGCAGUUCUUUUGACACCCCUGAGACAGCUCUCUCCUUCUGCACCUGGGAAAGUGCAGUGUGACUUCACCAGAGGCACUUUAGAGCCCUGACACUGAAAAAAGGAACAGUAGAUAUAAAAUAAUGGGGAAAGGGAAUUGCAAAGAGUAGAGAGGUUCAGAAGUGAAGUCAGGAAGGUAAAGGCACAAAAUGAGGGGGUGUGAGCAAAAGGAACAAGUUAAAUGGUUUAUAAGUACAUAAAAAGCAGGAGGCUGACAAAGGAAAGUGCACAGGUAGGUCACCUACAUACCAGGGAGAGAGAGCCCAUCACAUACUAAAGAGGCUGCAGUGCUGAGUAGCUCUUUGGCUUCAGCUGUCACUCUAAGGGUGAGUGACAAGAUACUUAACAUAAUCAUAGAUAAUGAGGAAAGAGAGAGACCAGACUCAGGAUGGAACAGGCUGACGGAUAUCUGGGUAAUUGCGCUAAUUCAAAUCAAUAUGCGCCAGUGAAAUUCAUCCUAAAGAGCAUGAGGCUAGCAGAGAUCUGGCGAUUCUUUUGGGGAGAGCCUGGAGUGCAGGGGAGGUCCCACAAUACUGGUCAAGAGUAAACAUAGCACAUAGGGGCCAAAAGGGGCUCCAGGAAUUACACACGAGAAAGCUUAACUUCAUUGCCUGCAGCUGGCUAGAAGAAUCAACAGAGAUGUCAAUAGGCCUGUUUCCCUACUACGCUGCACUUUGUGGUGUCAUUUACACCAGGGCAAGUGAUAACACAUCAGAAUGGUGCUUUUUACACCACUUUGCCCUGGUGUAAAUGACUGCACAUAGUGCAAUCAGGCUCAAAACCUGAGCACCUCCAGGCAAAUACAUGAUAAAUAAUAAGGCAAUGAAUAGCCAAGAUGAAUUAAUCAGAAAAAAGUAAUGCCAAAGUAUCUUAAUCUCUUUCUUUGACAGGAUAAUGCCCAAAAGAAAUGCAGAGACAGGGCCAUCCUUAGGAUUUAUGGGGUCCUACGCAGUAUUAUUAAACUGGUGCCCCUAUGCCUGACUUGGGGCACAGCCACCACCCCAGCCCACGGACACCCAGAACCACACCCUCUCCCCAUUGCUGAUACACACCGAGCUUCAUACGCAGCAGAUGCUGCAGCAGCCCGGGCUUGCAGCCUUGGGGGGAGGGACGAGGCAGCAAAGGAUACCAAGUGGCCCAGCCUGCCUCAUGGUGGCGGACAGGCAGUUUCCUGCCCUGUACACUCUCUCUUAUGCAGAAUGUGCCGCGCCGGUCGGCUCUGUGAAUACGGACUCUGCCUAAGGAGAGUGCAGCACAUGCUGGGUGUGUGGGAACCGACCCGCUCUUACCUGCUGUCCUGGUGAUGCCCCAAAUUUUUGGGUGCCUUACGCAGCCACAUAUGCCUCAUAGACUCUAGGACUGGAAGGGACCUCGAGAGGUCAUCGAGUCCAGUCCCCUGCCCUCAUGGCAGGACCAA